AUGACAGUGCUCGGUCGGCAUAAAAUUGAACACAACGGCGACAGUUUUGAUGCAUUAGAGGCGCUUUGAAUCCUGCAAAGGAAUCCUAAAAUGAACAACAGAGAUGAGUGUCCGCCUAUGAGGUUAACUCAUUAGCUACUGAAUUCAACCUCGAAGCUGACGAUUUCGUAGACGAGCUGCUCGCAUCAGUCGUCAAUUUGAAAAAAACGGAGGUGGACUUGACUGUUCUGGAGCACAUGGAAACGGAACUAAUGAAAAAGCUCAAGAAAAACUUGGAUGGAUUCGUACCAGGAUCAUCAUUGAAAUCAAAAAGGUGCGUCUUCUAG